AUGGUCUCAGCCGCUCUAAAAGCUUUAUUUCUACUCAGCUUUUUCUGCAUCGCAGUAGCAGAAGAAGAAAACCGCAUCCUUUCCCUGACUGACGCAACUAUAGAUAAAGCAAUAAAAGAUUACCCUAUAAUUCUUAUCAAGUUUUACGCCCCAUGGUGUGGUCAUUGCCGUCAUCUCGCUCCUAUCUACAAAAAAGCAGGAGAAAUCCUCUAUGGAAUGGAUCCUUCCCUUGUAAUGGCUGAAAUUGAUGCAACCGUAGAAAGAGAAUCCGCAGAUGCCUGGAAAAUCAAAGGGUACCCUACAAUGAUUCUUUUCAAGAACGGCGAAAAGGUGGACACUUAUGAAGGCGCUCGCACUGAAGAAGCAUUGACAAAAUACAUGAUUAGUCAUGCAGACAAUUAA